AUGUCAGAAACAACCACAACAGGUAUAAUUACAAUUGAUGAACUACAAAAUUAUGGUAUCAAUGUUUCAGAUUUAUCUAAAUUGAAAAGUGGUGGUAUUUAUUCUGUUCAAUCAGUUUUAUCCACAACUAGAAGGAAUAUGAUCAAGAUCAAAGGUUUAAGUGAAGUUAAAGUUGAAAAAAUUAAAGAAGCUGCAAAUAAGAUUAUCAAAGUUGGCUUUAUUCCUGCCUCUUUACAAGCUUCACAUAGAGAAAAUGUUUUUAGUAUUUCUACCGGUUCAAAAAAUUUAGACUCGAUAUUAGGUGGCGGCAUCAUGACAAUGAGCAUUACUGAAGUAUUUGGAGAGUUCCGUUGCGGCAAAACACAAAUGUCACACACAUUGUGUGUCACCACUCAAUUACCUAAGGAUAUGGGUGGUGCAGAGGGGAAAGUUGUUUUUAUUGAUACGGAAGGUACUUUUAGGCCUGAAAGAAUCCAACAAAUCGCUAGUAGAUUUGAAUUAGAUCCAGAAGCCUGUUUGGACAAUGUCACUUAUGCAAGAGCUUUAAAUAGUGAGCACCAAAUGGAAUUGAUAGAACAAUUGGGCGAAAUCUUGGGUUCUGGUGAUUAUAAAUUAAUUGUGGUCGACUCUAUUAUGGCCUUGUUCAGGGUUGAUUAUUUAGGUAGAGGUGAACUAAAUGAAAGACAACAAAAGUUAAACCAACUUUUAUCCAGAUUAAAUAGAAUUUCUGAAGAAUACAAUGUUGCAGUUUUUAUGACCAACCAAGUUCAAUCAGAUCCUGGCGCCAGUGCUCUUUUUGCUUCAGCAGAUGGCCGUAAACCAGUUGGUGGCCACGUAUUGGCGCACGCAAGUUCCACAAGAAUUUUAUUGAGAAAAGGUCGUGGUGAUGAACGUGUCGCUAAGUUGCAAGACUCCCCUGAUAUGCCUGAAAGGGAAUGCACUUAUAUUAUUGGAGAAAAAGGUAUUACCGACCCAGAGAAUUAA